AUGGAUGAAAUGUAUUUGGACGUAGCUGGCGGAUAUGAAGAAGAUUGCAAAAUAACUCAAAUGCAGUACCACUCUUUCCUUCCGUAUUCGACUACAGCUUUAUCCAAUAACGAUGAAAUUAGAAUAUCUAUUCAAAAUAUGGACGCUUACACUUUGCCUUGCGAGAGCUAUCUUUACAUUGAAGCAUUUUUAUUUUCUGAAAUCCGAUAUGAAAUUAACGGAGUGGAAAUACAAAAAUUAAAAUCUCCUGGAAUAUCUUCGAGUCUUAAAGGUUUUUGCUCGCACACUCCGAGUGAAUUGAACAAUCUACAAAAUGCUGCUUGGGACGUAGAUAUGGAUGCCAGUGAAAAUAAACAUUUCAUAUCAUCUACAGAUUUUGAUGCGUUGUAUGUUUUGACGACAACUCCUAAUGAAAAACUUAAAAAAGUAGCCAUUGAAUUAAAUAAAAUUAUCUGGAAGAUGCCCAUCAUCAGAGUUAGUGAUAAAGAAAAAAUAAAACUGUUAAAAGUAUUAGACUCUCGUAAACCAGUUGCGUGUGCGUUCAGAAAUUGGGACUUGUGCGAGUAUCCAGUUCUCCCUCAGAACACUUCUCAUUCGUGGACGGUAAAAUCAAGCAGUUUGUUGGAGAAACCUAGAUUUGCAUUAAUCGGACUUCAAACCGAUCGAAAAAAUAAUUUAUUUAAUCCAUCAGGACGAUUCGAUCACUGCUAUUUGAAAAACCUAAAAGUACAUUUAAACUCUGAAGUAUAUCCAUAUGAAGAUUUUCGUGCAGAUUUCACAAACAAUGUUACGGCUAUAUUGUACAAGGCAUAUGCUGAAUUCCAGAAAUCGUACUACGAGAGAGAGAUCGUGGAUUUAUUACGACAGAAUGACAACGUAAAAUCAUCGACUGUAGAUUUACGAAUUGAAUUCGAAACAGACAAGGCCAUUCCAGCAAAAACCGCAGCUUAUUGUCUCAUUUUACACGAUCAAAUUAUAACUUAUAACCCGUUUAAUGGUGAUGUAAGGAAAUUGUAA